AUUUGUGGUUGCAGGGAUCUGAUCACAGUUCCCGGCCCCGGGUGCUACUGUUGACCAUAACCCGGAUUGAAAUAAGUUAGAGUUUUUGACUUUAUUGGGUUAUUCUAGGCUAUUUUCUGCGUAAGUUAAUAUAUAAGACGAUUUCAUAAUUUAAACUUGUGAAUUAAUCUAUCUUGAUGUCUACUACGCACUACAUACACAUACCCGGUAGUCAAAGAAUUAAGAGGCAUGUAAUAGGCCCAGGGACUACACCCAACUUCUUUGUUUGUUAGCUGUGUUGGUGAGCACGCCUGUCUGCACUGCUGUACCUGUGUUGGUGAGCACACCUGUCUGCACUGCUGUACCUGUGUUGGUGAGCACACCUGUCUGCACUGCUGUACCUGUGUUGGUGAGCACACCUGUCUGCACUGCUGUACCUGUGUUGGUGAGCACACCUGUCUGCACUGCUGUACCUGUGUUGGAUGAAUAAGGCAGUCUUGCAGUGUACAAGAUGGAUGACAGCUUAUUACCACUGUUUACUCUGUUUGCUUCCACAACCCUCAUUGGUUUGGCUAUAGGGAAGACCUUAUCCAGGUUUCAUCUUCCAUAUAUUUGGUUGCACAAGGUUGAUAAGAGUAGCAAACGCCAUGGAGGAGAAUUAGUUGCAGAGGUUCUACAGUCGCAUGGUGUGCGUCAAAUUUUCACAUUGCCUGGUGGACAUAUUUCUCCCAUUCUUGUUGCAGCUGAAAAACUUGGAAUUCGUAUUGUUGACACACGACAUGAGGCAUCAGCAGUAUUUGCAGCAGAUGCUGUGGCACGCAUGUCAGGGACUGUAGGAGUAGCAGCAGUGACAGCUGGGCCAGGCCUGACCAACACUAUCACAGCUGUUAAGAAUGCUCAGAUGGCUGAAAGUCCAGUACUAAUUAUAGGUGGUGCUACAGCUACAAUUUUGAAGGGCCGUGGAGCUCUGCAAGAUAUAGACCACAUGUCUCUCUUCAAGCCCCUCUGCAAGUUUAGUGCAUCUGUCACCUGUGUAAGAGAUAUAGUCCCAGUUGCUCGUCAGGCCUUUCAGGUUGCACAGUCGGGGACACCAGGUCCAGUGUUCAUAGAGUUCCCAAUUGAUGUUUUAUACCCAUAUGAUAUGGUGUCAAAAGAACUAGGUGUGAAAGAGGAAGGCAAAUCAUUGAUGCAAAGAAUCAUUAACUGGUACCUUGGAAACUAUUUGGACAAUCUUUAUGCUGGUGCGUGGGAACCUCAAGACACCAAGCCCCUUAAAGUCAGCAUUCCCUUUGCCUCCAGUGAUUUAGUGAAUAGGUGUGCAGAAGUAGUGUCCCGGUCAAAGAAGCCUGUGAUUCUCUUGGGUAGUCAGGCAACUCUUCCUCCAACUCCUGUAGAAGAUCUGCGUCGCUCGCUAGAGACUCUGGGCAUUCCCUGUUUCCUUGGAGGAAUGUCUCGAGGCUUGCUUGGGCGAAAAAGUGCUAUUCAAAUGCGCCAACAACGUCGUGAUGCCCUUAAAGAAGCUGAUGUCAUUAUCCUGGCUGGUGCAGUUUGCGACUUCAGACUCUCCUAUGGCCGAGGAAUGGGACGGAAGGCCAAGAUCAUCGCUGUCAAUAGGAACAAGGACCAGCUGUACAAAGUAUUAUCACUUUUUUUUUUUUUUUUGUACGUGCACAUGCAUGAGAGAUUAAUUGGACAUUUUAUGUUCCACAGUACUUUAUCCUAAUCUUUUCUAAUAUUU